UGGAUCAUUUAUGAGAACACUAGGGAAAAAAAUGGGAACUUCACAUUGCCGUCGUCUUCAUGGCUUUAUUUUGCUUCUAGCUAUGUUUAUUUCCUCUGUGUUUAGUGUAGCUGCAAAGAUGGACGACGUUUCUUUUCACGGUGACCCGAAACGUAGUCUCUCCGGCUCCAAUGAUUCCUCUCUUAGUGAGUCUGGGGGAUCAUAUAAAAUGUGCGCGACUCAUAGAGAGGCUAAGGAUGGUGAACCAAUGCCAUUGGAUUUUGAUUGUGAAAAAGGGUAUGUUAUUUCAAAAAUCACUUUCGCCGACUAUGGCCAAGCCACUGGUAGCUGUGGGAAAUUUAAACGCGGUAAUUGUGGAGCAACCAGUACCUUGAAUAUCGUCAGAAAGAAAUGUCUUAGGAAAGAGAAGUGUAAGUUGUUUGUCCCGGACAAGAUAUUUGGUCCGAGUCACUGCAAGGGACCUCUCAGACUCAUUAUUGACGCUACUUGUACGAAAGCUUAGUUUUUGAUUUCUUACUUUAGUCGUUUUGUUUCAGAUUCCAAAGGUUGAACUCCUUUCCGAGUUAACCUUUGUGGUACUUUUUGCUUGAGUUUAGUCCAAAGUCCUUUGUAACUUUUUCUUUUUCUCUUAUUUUGAUAAAAAGUCUUUUAAUUUGUAACUGAUAUAUAUAUA